GGCUCCCAACAGAAGGCUUUUAAAGCACCUGCCCCACCUGCAGGUGAGCAGUGUUGUGUGAGGACUAGGCGAUUUCUCAUCUUUCUGCCAGCACCUUAAGUGGCAGCUUCCUGGAGCUGUUCUGUUCUUUCAGGAGCGCAGCAGAUUCUGUUUAGAACCUAUUGCCAAGAGCCCUGAGCAGGACCCACCAUGAAGUGCUUCAGAUUCAUUAAGGUCAUGAUGAUCCUCUUCAACCUACUCAUCUUUCUGUGUGGUGCUGCCCUGUUGGCUGUGGGAAUCUGGGUGUCGGUCGAUGGGACAUCCUUCCUGAAGAUCUUUGGGUCACAAUCAUCAAGUGCCUUGCAGUUUGUCAACGUGGGCUACUUCCUCAUCGCGGCUGGUGCUGUGGUCUUUAUUCUUGGUUUCCUGGGCUGCUACGGAGCUCACUCUGAGAACAAGUGUGCGCUCAUGAUGUUCUUUGUCAUCCUCCUCAUCAUCUUCAUUGCUGAGAUUGCAGCUGCUGUGGUUGCUUUGGUGUACACCACAAUGGCCGAACAAUUCCUGACAUUGCUGGUGGUGCCUGCCAUCAGAGAUGACUAUGGUAACCAGACUGAAUUCACCAACGUGUGGAACUCUACCAUGGAAGGGUUGAAGUGCUGUGGUUUCAACGGCUAUACAGAUUUUAACAACUCAAGUUACUUGAAAGAAACUAGCUUCUUCCCUCCUUACUGUUGUUUCAACUCUACCAGUGGGAUACUUGAGAAACCAUGCAAUGAGGAAAAGGCCAAACAGUUAGAAGUACAGGGUUGUUUCAAACAGCUUCUUCAUAGCAUCAGAACCAAUGCAGUCACUGCGGGUGGUGUGGCAGUUGGAAUUGCAGCCCUGGAGCUGGCAGCCAUGAUUGUGUCCAUGUAUCUAUACUGCAAUCUGGAAUAAGACUGCUUCUUCCUUCCCACUUGCUGCUGCCACAUGGAAACAGGAAGAGGCGCUUGGCACAGCUGAGCAGCAGUGAAUCUAGCAAUGUCGUUUGGGCUGGAAUGGAUUUACCUUUGCUGCUCUGGACUUUGGGCUAAACACAACCACCUCUUUCAGGCUGUGUCUGCCCUGUUCUACUGGUGGGGCUGGAGGGACAUCUCUUCUAGUCUCUGAAGCAGCCACUUCUGCCCAUCUCGAGUCUUUUCUUCAACCCUUGCCACUACCUUAGUAUAAAGGUCGCUCUUGAUGAUCCCAGUACUCCACUGGUGGAUGAUGGCACUUACAGCCUGGGCAUAAUCAAGUCCAGCAAAGCCAUAGAAAGGAUGUGUAGAAGGCAUUUUGGAACAUAUAAACCAAUGAAAAUAUUUCACUUUGGACUGUGUGUGCUUGGAGAGAUGGGUUCAGCUCGCCUAAGUCGCACUGAUUUUUAUGAGGCUGGAGACACAGCAGGGUGGAAAGAGGGCUUCAGGCCUGGGAGGGAGAGUAAGAAUGACCAACAGGACCCUGAGGAAGGGGGAGCUGGGGUGGCCUGCCUGUAUGUAUUGAGGACUUUGUCCUGAAAGUUCUCCCUCUUGGUAAAGGCACUGGGCUGGAAAGCUGUGAAAGUAACAAGCUUGUGCCAAGGAGGGGAGAACAGAAUUGUUGUCAGGGCUGCAGGGGUGGAGUCACUCUUCAGGCUCCAAGAAGCCCUCCAGGAACCCUGAUAAGUAGCUCUAAGCUGUGUGCCCUACUUUGGAGACUCUCAAAUCUUUUCUUUGGUGUUGGCCUAUCCAUUUCUCUAACGAUAUGUAUUUUUGGGGGGAGUUGAUUUACACAUUUUUAUUGAAGGGCAACAGGGGAGAGGGUCUCUCCCAUCAAUGGGAAUAUUUACAUGUUCUUCAGCUAAUCCGGAUUUGUGCCCUGAGGGUGGCUGGGCAUAUUGGCUUUGUUCCCACCAUCUUGAACAGGAAAUGGGUAGUUGUAGGGUGUGGCCUGGUUGGUCAUGGUAACAUACUUAAUGUACAAGCUGAAAGUGUAUUAUAUCGAGGCUCCUUACAGCAAUGAACACCAACAGCUCUGGCUCCUUCACCUAGCUGUUUUUUUUUUCUUUUCUUUUCUUUUUUUGAAACAAGGUCUAUGUAGUUCUGGUUGUUCUAGAACUCACUUUGUAGACCAGGUUGGCCUGCAAC